AUGUCCUCCGACGCCGCAGAGUCGGAUAGUGAACUCCAGGCUCACCGCCAACAAAGUCCACUGGCCUCUCGACGCGCCCAAGCCGAGAAUCCACGCAGAAGCCGCUUCGAGAACCUGUUUCCUCUCGGUUACAAGGAAGGAUUCAGUCAAUGGUGGAACAAUGUACCCGCCGCAGAGGCAGAACACAGGAUUCUCUCCUUUAUUCCGUACCUGCAGCGACCACCGACCCAUGUCCAGACCGGUUCCGAACCACCUUCUGUGAACCCCUCGACCAUGUCGGUUAACAACGACCCCGCAGCGAAAGCCUCUCCUGUAACAACCAACUCUAUCACUGACCCCUACGGUCCCCGAACGUGGUACUCACGCAUGGUCGCACUAUCUGGCAAGAACAGGGCGCUGAAUGAGUUCUCGGUGGAGCGCACCGGAGAGACCCCCGACCAGAAUCUGGUCAUUUUGCACGGCUAUGGUGCCGGGCUGGGCUUCUUCUAUAAGAACUUUGAAGCUCUAUCCCGCCCAAAUGGUUGGCGACUAUUUGCCUUGGAUAUGUUGGGAAUGGGUCGCUCGGCGCGACCCCCGUUCAAGAUAAAAUCCAAGACGCGUGAGCAGCAAAUCGCCGAGGCGGAGGCCUGGUUCAUCGACUCGCUAGAGGAAUGGCGUGUGAAACGGAACAUCGACAAGAUGACCCUGGUUGGCCAUAGUAUGGGCGGGUACAUGGCUGUCUGCUAUGCGCUGAAAUACCCGGGCCGAAUUAACAAACUCAUCCUGGCCUCGCCUGUUGGGAUUCCCGAGGAUCCUUACGCUACCCAUGUGGCGAUGCCCGACCCGCCUGCGUCUACACUCCAGAAUGAGUUCACUCAAGAUCAGGCCACCGAGACCGUGAGCCGGACAGACAACAACAAUUUCCUCAAUGGGCGAAAGAAGGCAGAGCUGGCCCAGCAACAGGCGAAUCCAAACCGAAUCCCUGCUGGCGAUGAGGACAACGAUGGGGCGGCCGCCCCAAGACGGCCACUGCCCAAAUGGCUGACAUACCUGUGGGACGCAAACGUUUCUCCAUUCAGUUUCGUCCGCUGGUCUGGCCCGUUUGGUCCACGACUGGUUUCAGGGUGGACAAGUAGGCGAUUCUCACACCUGCCCCCCGAGGAAGCGCAGGCGUUGCACGACUACAGCUAUAGUCUGUUUCGCCUCCGCGGCAGCGGCGAGUACGCAUUGGCGUAUAUCUUGGCCCCCGGCGCAUUCGCGAGAAGUCCCCUGAUUCGCCGUAUCCAGGGCGUCGGGCGACAGCCGCUGCCCGAUGACCAGAGCAACCUCAACUCAUCCGAGCCGCGACGUGAGAACGGGUUUCCUGUUGUCCUCAUGUAUGGCGAGAAUGAUUGGAUGGACGUCAAAGGCGGGUACGCGGCGAAGAAAAAGAUCGAUGCCGAACGCGAGCGUGUUUUGCAGGGCAAGUCUCCUGCCGAGAGGGCCGAGGAUCAAGGUGGCGCCAAAGUCGUAAUCAUCAAGAAAGCCGGCCAUCAUGUCUACCUAGACAAUCCCGAAGAAUUCAACGAGGUCAUGAUUUCCGAGAUGGAGGAUGUCAAGAAGCGUAGUCAUGGCCAGAAGAAGGGCGGGGCGAGUGGUUUUCAGGUCGUCGGCGGGAAAGUCGACUACGAACCCUGA